AUGGCAGACGACGCCUCAACUUUGCACAGGUUCUGGAGCACGCAGCCGGUUCCUCAGCCUGGGGCAGCGGAGACUGAGCGGGUCGGUCCAGUAGAACGGAUAAAGACGGUCGACGAGGUUUCCACUGAGCCCCUCGCGAUUGCAUCCACCUUUGAGUGGUGGACGCCGAAUUUGGAAGAUGAUGAUGACAUGCGUGCCAUUUAUGAGCUGCUGCGUGACAACUACGUUGAGGAUGACGACAGCAUGUUCCGCUUUAACUACCCAGAAGAGUUCUUGCGCUGGGCAAUGACCCCACCAGGUUACCACCCCUCGUGGCAUGUGGCGGUUCGGCGCAAGCGUGACCAUUUGCUGUUGGGCUUUGUCUCCGGUGUCCCUCUUAGGAUGCGCAUGGGCUCACCGAAGGCGCUCCUUGCAUCCAAAAAGACGUCCGAGGAGCAGCAGCAAAACGAAAAAGACGCAGAAGAGAAUCACCUUGAGCCUCGUAUUAUCUGUGAAAUCAACUUCCUGUGUGUGCACAAGCAGCUGCGGGAGAAACGGAUGGCACCGAUUCUUAUCCAGGAGGUUACACGCCGGGUGAAUCUGCUGAACAUAUGGCAAGCCAUCUACACCGCCGGUGCGCUUCUGCCCACGCCCUUUACCUCAGGAAGGUACUUCCAUCGCAGUCUAAAUCCCGAAAAACUUGUGGCCAUAGCUUUCAGCAGGAUUCCGCCGCAGUAUCAAAAGUUUCAGAACCCUAUGUCAAUGCUGAAACGGUUCUAUCAGGUGCCGGAUGCGCCCAAGACACGCGGUCUGCGCCCCAUGGAACCGAAGGACGUCCCGGAGGUGUGUAAGCUACUGCGAGAUAGGCUCGCCACCUACGACGUGUCUCCUGUCUUCAACGAGGAAGAGGUGGCACACUACCUUCUCCCACGUGAAGAGGUUGUGGUGACCUAUGUAGUGGAGCGUGAAGGUGGCAANUUCAACGAGGAAGAGGUGGCACACUACCUUCUCCCACGUGAAGAGGUUGUGGUGACCUAUGUAGUGGAGCGUGAAGGUGGCAACAGUGGUGGUGAAGGAAGCUGCAGUGGCAAAAGUGGUAGCAACACCAGCGGUGGUAACGUAAAAGGAAGCAGCAAGGGCGCUGGUAAACGCAUCACUGACUUCUUUUCAUUCUACGCACUACCAUCUACUGUUAUUGGAAACAGCAAGUACUCAUUGCUGAAGGCGGCCUACGUUUACUACUAUGUUGCCACUAGCGUUCCUUUGUUGCAGUUGAUGAACGACUUAUUAAUCGUUGCGUUCAAAAUGGGUUUCGAUGUCUGCAACCUCGUUGACAUUCUUGAAAACUCAUCGUUUAUAGGUGAUCUCAAGUUUGCCCCCGGUGAUGGCAGUCUGCAUUACUAUUUCUACAAUUGGGCGUACCCGAAGGUGCAGCCGUCCGACGUUGGUCUGGUCAUGUUGUAA